AACCUUUAUAUAGACAUGCUUCACAUGCAUAACACUAACGCAAUCAAGAACCUACUGUAUUCAAAUUUUCAAAUGAAUUCCAAAAGCACCUUCUAUCUUCCUUUACUCUUUCUUCUCCACCUCCUCCUCAAAAGCACUUUUGCUCAACUUCAUGUAGAGCACUACAGAAAAUCAUGCCCUAAUGUUGAAUCAAUUGUUCAUGCUGCAGUCAGGCAGAAGUUUGAGCAGACUUUUGUGACAGCCCCAGCCACUCUCCGGCUCUUCUUCCACGAUUGUUUUGUUCAGGGAUGUGAUGCUUCAAUAAUGCUAGCGUUUCGGAACAACUCAGCGGAGAAGGAUAAUUCGGAUAACCUUUCACUCGCCGGAGACGGGUUUGACACGGUGAUCAAAGCCAAGGCUGCUGUUGAUAGAGUGCCUAAUUGCAGGAACAAGGUUUCUUGUGCUGACAUUCUGGCCUUGGCCACAAGGGAUGUCAUAAGACUGACUGGGGGACCAUUCUACAAAGUUGAAUUGGGAAGACUUGAUGGGAGGACUUCUACAAAAGCAAGCGUGAGACAACAUCUUCCCCAUCCUGAUUUUAAGGUAGAAGAGCUUGAUUCAUUGUUCGCCAAACACGGUCUCUCUCUAACUGAUCUCGUCGCACUCUCAGGAGCACAUACAAUUGGAUUCUCACAUUGCAACAGAUUCACUCACCGGAUCUACAACUUCAAGAGCAAGAACAGAAUCGAUCCAACGAUGAACAUCGCAUAUGCAAGGGAGCUCAGAAAAGAGUGUCCCAAAAAUGUUGAUCCGAGAAUUGCGGUUAAUAUGGACCCAACCACACCGCAGAGAUUCGACAAUGUGUACUACAAGAACCUUCAGCAAGGGAAAGGGUUGUUCACUUCUGAUCAGUCCUUGUUCACUGAAACCAAAUCAAGAAAAAUUGUCAACAAAUUCGCAGCGGAUGCCGCCGCCUUCGAACGAGCUUUUGUGGCAGCUAUGACAAAGCUUGGACGAGUAGGGAUCAAGACUGGAAAGCAGGGGGAGAUUAGGCAUAAUUGCGCUGCUGUGAACUAGAUUAUUCCGUAUAUUUAUGGUUUUGUUUGCAAAAAAUUUGUUUGCUAGGCUAAUCCACUGAGUUCGAUAAGUACUAGUUGCUUAUCAUAAUAAUCAUCGUUAUAGGUUUACCCGCGAUUGUAGCUCUAGUGGGAGAGAGCAUUUAUCCGACAUCUACUAGGUUCAAAUUUCUCUCCCCUUUUUGUGUCCCUUCCCUUGCCACAAAAAAAACAAUAUAAA